AUGGGUGCCAUGACGUCAUCGUUAGCGGCGAAAUUCGCGUUUUUCCCGCCAACUCCGCCUUCAUACGGGAUCGUGAAGGACCUGAGCACUGGAAAGCUGCGAUUCGACAGCAUCCCGCCGCAAGACCACGUGGACGUGCUGUUGAUCGAUACGCGGCGGAGACAGCAGGUGGCGGCCAUGUUCGUCCGCAAUCCCCGCGCGCGAUUGACGCUGCUGUACUCGCACGGCAAUGCGGCUGACCUGGGACAGAUGCACGACCUCUACGUCGAGCUCGCGCAUAUGCUGCGAGUUAAUCUCAUGGGGUACGACUACACGGGAUACGGCGCCUCAACCGGCAAGCCGUCGGAGGCGGACACGUACGCGGACGUGGAGGCGGUGAUGGCGUGUCUGCAGCAGCGGUACAGCAUCGGCGCGGACCAGGUCGUGCUGUACGGCCAGAGCGUCGGCAGCGGGCCCACCGUCGACCUCGCAUCGCGCACGCCGAACGUGCGCGGCGUGGUGCUGCACAGCCCCAUCGCGUCGGGUGUGCGCGUGCUGUACGAGGUCAAGCACACCUACUGGUUCGACAUCUUCCCGAACAUCGACAAGCUGCCCAAAGUGGAGUGCCCUGUCUUCGUCAUGCAUGGCACGUCGGACGAGGUGGUGGACGUGUCGCACGGGCAGAUGCUGGUGGACGCGUGCAAGCGGCCGUUUGAGCCGCUGUUCCUGGAGGGCGGGCACCACUGCGACCUCGAGUUCUUCCCCGAGUACUUGCGCUGCCUGCGCAAAUACAUCUCCUACCUCGUCCAGCACCCCCCCGCGCCCCAGCCCGACCUCCCCAGGAAGGCCAAGAGGCGCCCCGGCUGGGGAACCCCCAUAACAGCCAUCCGUUCCUUCAUGACCCCCAACCGCCACCGCCACCCCUCCGGUACCGCCUCUGCUCCUGCCACUCCCCUUGGCUCUUUCUCCGGCUCUCCCGCCUCCUCCUCCUCCUCCUCCUCCUCCCCCGCCUCUCUCCCCACCUCCAACGGCAACUCAGUCGAUUCCGCCUCGUCCUCUUCCUCUGCUGCGGCUACGCCCAACCGUAAAACCCGGUCUUGGAAGCUGAGGGCCAUGUCCCCGUCGUUCCGCUUCUCCCCUUCGACCUGGCGGGAUGCGAGGAGGAAGGGAUCGGAGGAUGGGCAAGCGGAGGGGGCGGAAGCACUAGGAGUGGCAGCAGUGGCACAAGGGAAAGCUCCUAGCAGUGCUGCCACAGGUUCAGGAUCAGGCUCUGCUGCUGCUCAUCCUGUGAAUGGCCUAGCAGCUGAAGGUGUUGGUGCUGCUGCGAAUGGAAAGGCCAUUGAAGAUUCAGCAGCAGUGGCGGUGACAGGAGUUGCUGGUAUGGGCGGGGAACCUUUCACCCGAAUCACAUGCCGGUUCAGCAGUGGCAGCGGGAUAGGGAAAAAUCCUAGUCCUGGCAGCAGGCCGAAAAAACAACCCUCCACCUCCUCCUCCCCAACUCCCUCCUCCCCUUCCUCCCCACAACAAGCUAAGGCUCUCCCACCCCCACUCGCCUCCUUCCCCUGGGCUCCCCUUCUCUCAUCUAUCCUCGCACGCUUCCACUCCCUGCUCUCCGUCUCCUUCUCCCUCCUCCUCCUGCCCUACCUCCUCUCCUCAUCCCUAGGAGAACUCGCCUUUGCUCUCAGGCAGCAGCAGGUGCUGCUGGCGGGGGCAACGGCGCUCACAGGUUGUCUGGGCUGCUAUUGGCUGAUGGAGCAAGCAGGGAAGGAGCUGGGCGGGCUGAUGAAGGGAGAAGGUGCUGUUGGCAAGGUUCUUGCACUUGUUGUCCAGCCAUUCCGCUUUAUCCACUCACUCUCAUCCUUCCUUUUGUUUCUCUUAACUGACGCACCCUGCUUCCAUGCAAAUCCCCACCUUUUUCUCCCCCCCCCCUUCUUUCCCACCUCAUCCCCCGCGCCUCCCCUCAUCGCCCCCCUUUCCGUGCUCCGCUUCUUCCCCUCCCUUCCUCUUUCCCCACGCCUCCCUUCCCCCGCCGUUCCCCGCGCCACUCCGCGCAGGCAGUUCGUGCAGCGCAACUACGCGGACCUGAAGCAGCAGAACCCGCACCUGCCCAUCCUCAUACGCGAGUGCAGCGGCGUGCAGCCGCGCAUCACCGCGCGCUAUGACUAUGGAGUGGAGCACAGCAUGGCACUGGAAGGCCUGUCUGAGGAGCAGAUAGAUGGCAAGCUCAAGGAGUUGCUGGACCUGGGCAAGAUGGCCGCAGCAGAUGCAGCAGCAGCCAAGCAGUAA